AUGGCGCGGCAGCCGGCCAAACGGCGCAAGGUGGCUUCUCAGAAUCUAGACGUCGAGGGCGAUAAUGAUUGGCAGAGCGACGAGCUUUCCUCUCUUGGGGGCUCAGACGACUCCGCCUCCGGGUCUGGCUCCGACUCCGACUCGGCCUCGGACGACGAAUCGUCCGUCACUGCCAUGCUCGCCGCCACGCCUUCCGAGCGCAAGGGCAAAGCGCGGGCGACAAGCUCUGGCGUUGAAGUGGUCAUUCCACUCUCCGGUCCGGGCGAAGACUCACUACCAACGCGCAAACGCGGUCGGCCGAAGAAAGAAGGCGAGGAGGAGAAGAUACCCAAGAAGCGCGGGCGACCACGCAAGUACGCCGAGGGCGAGAAGAGACCUCGUCGCUCGAGAAGGAAGCUGAACGAGGAUGGGUCGCCGAAGAAGCGCGGAAGACCAAAGAAGGUGGUUGAUCCAGAUGCUGUGAUGAUGAAGGUGCCGAAGAGGAAGGGGAGGCCGCCGAAGCCGAAGGAGGAGGGCGAUACGGGGAGCAAGAAAAAGAAGAAGAGGGAGUUCGAUUUGCUCGCUGGCCUGGACUUGGACUUUGAUGACGAGGUUGGGUCGGGAAUCGUGCCAGGUGUCGGAGGAGAUGAUGACGACGACGACUGGGAGGACGAGGCGGACUCGCCCAGGAAGCAGGACGACAUUCUGGCGAGGCUCAGGAGGAGGAUUCUGUAUCGACAGCAGGAUGCCGAACUAGCCGACUUUGUCGAGAGACUCGGACCAGAUGGCCGACCAAAGGAGCAGACCGUCAAGGCGGAAGACGACGACACCGCCGCGCUGCAAGGCGAAGAGAGGGUCGACGAAGGUCCUCGGCCAGCACUACCAGCACAGCGCCAACCACAGCCUUCCGACCUCACGGCCACCGACAAGCGCAAAGAGCGUCAGCCGUUCGAGCCAUCCAACAACGAUGGAAUGUCAGCUUUGGCCGAAGCAGCUGCGUCCGCCGCCGCCGAAACAGAAGAGCAGGCGCGCCAAGCGAAACCCAAAGGACGUCCACCAGGAUCGAAGAACCGUCGUCCUGACUGGGAGCACAAUCCACUCCUCGCCGCUACUCGCGCGCACACCAACUCAGGCCGUUCUACCGUGAACACUUCUCAAAACGGCACAUCUCUGUCGCUCUACGGCGCACCUCCAUCAGCUCUCAUCGGCGCACCGAGCGGCUCAAGCCUCGUCAAGCCCACCUCGUCAGACGCCUACUUUCUGUUCAACACCUCGAAGCGCGCUCGUGGGCUCGCAGGCAUGGGCAUCGGCACUUCCUCCUCGCUCAUCUCGUCCAAGCUUCCCGCUCUGGAUGCACGCAACCUCGAGCGUGUCGUCGCAGAUCAGACUCGUACCGGCUCCAUCUCCGACCUGGCGACGCGCAUGUAUCGCCAUCUGCUCCCCGUCUACCUCGCGCAGCUGCUCGCCGGGUACUCGAUCAUCUUUCACGGAGUGGGGAGCAAGGUCAAGCUGCUCAACGAGCUGGUCGCCCGCAGAAUCGAGGCGGAGGGCGAUGCGGUGGGUGUGGUGGCACAGGGAGCGAUGAAGGGAUUCAAGGUGGAAGACAUGCUGGCUGAGAUCGAGCGGGCGGUAGGGCUGGGCUCGCUGACGUUGACGGCGAACGCCGCGGGAAGGAUGAAUGAUGGCGAUGGUAGCGCGGCAACUGUGGUGUCGACACUGACGGCCGCGAGGGCGGAGAGGAUCGUCCGGCGCUUUUCGAGAGAUGACAUUGUUGGGCCCACAAAGCUCUUUCUCAUCCUCGAGACGUUUGAUGCUCCCGGCAUGCAGAGUCUUCGCUUCAAGAGCGUGCUCGAGACGCUAGCGCGGUCGAGCAACAUUCACAUCAUGGCUACGACCGAGCACGUCAACUCUGGAUUCAUCGCUUCAACGACCGGACAGCAGACCACGGCCGCUUCCGCGGACAAGACGGCCCUUGCGCUCGACGAAGACAACGAUUUUGAUGGCGGCAAGCCAAGUCGGAACACUGGGCGUCUCUGCUGGAUCUGGCAAAACAUGUCGACCUUCACCCCGAGUCUCGAUGAGAUGCUCAUCAUGCGAUCCAACCCUGCUUUUGCGUCUUGGAUGCCGCCGCUUCCCCCCGCGCUCGAUCUCAUCGGAUCCGCCUCGACCCUCACCACUCGUUCCACGCAGCCCAUUGGCGCUGCCGCCUCCACCGGCUCCGACGCCAACGUGGCCUACUACAACGGCCUCCAAGUCUCGGACGUCUUCCGGACCGUAUCCGAGGCUUCGGCGAUCUCGAUCCUCAAGUCGGUCACCACCAAGGCGAGGGCGCUGUUCAACCUGCUCGCCAAGCAAUCGCUUGCCUCCGAGUCCUCCGAGGGCGUGGGUGGCGUGGUGUAUGCGGAGCUGCUCAACAAGGCCAAGCGCUCGUUCCUCGUCUCGAACGAGGCCGACUUCAAGUCGCUGUUGAUCGAGUUCAAGGAUCAUCACCUGUGCCAUGUGGCCAAGACGGGCGUGAUCAGCAUCGGAUUGGCGGAUGCAAAGGUACUGGGUAGCGUCCUGGAGAGGUUGAAGUCGAUCUAG